AUGACGGCGGUGGUUGUUGGUUUUACGAUGAUAGCGGUGGUGUUGGUUGAUGACGUGGGUAGUGGAAUUGUGGAAAAGUGGCCUGUGGUGGUGGAAAUGGUGGGUGGUGAUGGUGGUGGGGUGGGUGGUUGGAUGGUGACAGUGCAGGCAACUGACCAAGUUGUUGAAGCUGUUGAGUUGUUCAAGAAACUGGUUAAAGAGAAAAUUUGUGAGCCGAAUCAGGUUAUGUAUGGGACCGUUGUUAAUGGGCUUUGUAAAGCGGGUCACACUAGUAAGGCUUUAGAGUUGCUCAGGUUCAUGGAAGCAAGCUCAUGUAAACCAAAUGUAUAUCAGUACAAUACGAUCAUCGAUAGCCUAUGCAAAGACAAAAUGGUUGAUCAUGCGUUAGAGAUAUUUGCGAAGAUGGUUGAAAAAGGCGUUGUUGCAGAUGUCAUUACUUAUAACUCGUUAAUUCGAGGUCUAUGUAACUUUGGUCAAGAUUGUAGUAAAUGUGGGAAGCGUAACUUGGCAAUGGAUCUGUUUGAUGAGCUAUGUUUGAAAGGACUGAAACCGAAUGUUAGGACAUAUACGGUGAUGAUAAGUGUGUAUUGCCAAGAAGGGUUGUUUGGUAUAGCAAAAGAAUUUGUUAGAAAGAGGGAAGAAAAUGGCUAUUUGCCAAAUAGUGUCACAUACAAUGUUAUUGUUCAAGAAUUUUUGAAGCAAAACGAAUUUCAAGAAGCGAACAUUUUUCUUGAGGAAAUGAUUGACCGAGGUUUCUUUCCUGAUGCCACUACGUUUUCAUUGUUGUUACAUCUAACCCCGAGCAUAAGACAAGAUUCUCCAAUGCAAACUAUCGUUCAGAAGCUAGUAAACUUAUAA